CACGUUAAAGCCGAAUUGCCCAAAAGAGAUUAUGGAUUAAAAAUACAGAUAUUAAUACAGAUAUGAUUGACACCUCAGCUAUAUACGCGGAGGUAAUCCUUCACACGCUUCUUAAAUGGAGAGUUUGCAUGAGUUAGCGCCGGUGGCUAGUUAGCUAGCCACUUUAUUAGCCAGCUGAGCUCACCUGCUAUCGGAGCGACUUCAUCGUCCACCCACUCUGCUUCUUCUUUCGCUUUCUUCGGCAUCUUGCUCCCUAGUGGUGUGUUUUUCCAAACGUCGUGGCCAAAGAGUUAACACAAUCGCACGUCAUGCGGCCCAGUGAGGUGAGGAUACAGGAGACUCCGACGGAUGCCGGCCAAGUUUUCUUCUUCCGGCAACUUGGCGGAAGGAUUUCGCCACUUUACCGCCACCUAUAGGUUGGAAGAAUAACUGCAUAUUGUAUUGGAAAAGAAAUACUUUACAGUCAGCAUAGCUGUUAACACGCCCAUUUUCACCGGGAACCUACCAUAAUCGCAAUUAUUUCCCCGCGUCCUCCUGUUUUAAUUGUUCCCCGUGCUUUUCAUGUAAAAAGUCCUCUCCUGUUCUGCUGCUCGGGUGCGCUCGGGAACACUCGGCCAACAUCGGUGUAAUGCAUUCUGUCAGGCCUUCAAAAUAAAAGAAGCACACCAGCAAAUUACUGUAACACGAUAGCGACACAGUAGGCAAGGCAGUCGUGUCUUUGAACCAGCACUAACGCGGGGAAAAUAAUAACGAGAAAUUAUUGUGGAACUUCAUAAUUUCGCUUAUUUUCUCUCGUUUUGCUUAUGUUCCAAUAUUGACAAAUGACAGUCCACUAAAACCGCGUACGUUUUUUUUUAAAUAAAUACAUGUUGUUGUCAUUUUGGACGAACGCAUAAAAAAAUAGAUAUAUGUAAAAAGCAAGCCAAACGAUUCAUCAAGAGGACACGUUUCGUGAACGUCACAGACGUAUAAUUUUUCCCACAGUCGGUGAAGGCAGCAUUACGCCUUCCUGCGUGAGGCGUGUUUGGCCAAAGCAAGGACACACAAGACGGGAUGACACUUGUGUUCUGGGAGGCCCGGGAAGCGCUGCUGUAGAAUCCAACAACCGUGACUUUGCAGUGUCCUUGGUGAGGGUGGUGGCGAUGGCCAGCUACUGAGCAGGGUUGCCAUCGGCCCCUGUGGUGAAUGGCUGUGAGCAGAGGGAGCGUUGCCUUCUGGGUGGCUUUUGUCCGCAUCCACGGCAGAAGGCAGCCCAUCACAAAACGCAUCGGGGGGCCAGCAGACUUCCAGUGGCUCUGUCCGGCACGUCCUCUGAGCAGUGCAUCAUGGGCCCUGGCGCCCCCCAACAGCCUGCGAUAUCAGACCACCAAGCAGCCGGCUCUGUCCCACCCCUUUCAUCACGCCAGCUCCGAGGACGACUGGGAGGAAUCGCUAAGCGUGUGUGUGCUGGUGCCACAGAGCGAGUCGGGAGCCACGCGCACCACUGUGGAGAUCCCAUGGUUGGCUCAGACUAAGCUAGCGGAGUUACUUACUCCGGGGACUCACAAGUCCUCGGAGUUGUCCUUCCUACUCACCACGGUGGACGGCAGCAGGGAGGAUGACAUCAGCGUGGUCAGCGGCAUCAGGAGAAGCGACCCAGACUGUUUUAGGAGCCUGUUUGAAACGGAGAGGUGCCCCGCGCCCUUCAUGUAUGGCUCUCGCUUUUUUUGUUUCCAUUGCCCGGGAACGGAACCGACGCCACACGGCAAGCUGAACUCUAGACAGGAUGUUGGACUUGAGGGCAGUAAGAUGGAGGAGUUGCAGCUGCCGCAGCCCUCCUCGUUGUGUAGCCGUGCAGCGCUAGCAGAAGGGCAGCAUCACGAAGGAGACGGAGAGCGAGAGCAGAAACUGGCCGUGGUGUACGAACGGCUGAGGAGAGAGCUGCCAAAUUUCCUCCAUAAGACGCACGAUUACAGCAUGUACUCCAACGAUAUUGAAUUCAUCAACGGGCUUCUCAACACCAAGACCAGAGGACGCCUGGUGUACCAGCUCCACCUGUCCUUGUGGCGCCUCCUGUGUCUGCUGUACUUUGCCGACGUGAGGCUGGAGGUGCUGAAGCUGACCAAGCACGUGGAGGAUGGGACCAUUAAGGCUCGCUGGAGGCUGAGGGGCCUUCCCUUGCACUCGCUCAUCCUACGCAUCUACCGCAAAGAUAAAUCACACUUGUACAGGUUCUACGAUGCGUUCUCGACAUUCUACGUAGGACACGAUGGACUCAUUCACCGCCAUAAAGUUGAAAAGGUGAUGCCGUCUCAGCCGCCGGCCUUUCCCAGAGUCACGUCCCUGCUCGCCAGCGCUCUCGUCGCCCUGGAGAUGGAGGACAACCAACCCGCUCUCAAUCUGCUGCCCCUCCUCCUGUCCUCACUGAGACACUUCCGAGACUAAGAGCUCUUGGAGCGUUUGGAAGGUCCAUCGGACAACGUCAACAUUUGAAAACGGGAUAUAUCUCGUUGUUGAAAUGCUCGCUUUUCACGAUUCAUGAUCACGCUCACUUGGCAAAAUUGGAGAGAAAGCAGCGGUUGGUGAUUUGUGUUUUGGAAGUGAACAGAAGCACACGUGGUCUUCAUCUUCUCACUCCAUUGACCCCAGCUAAAGCUCCUCAAAGUUCCUGUGUUCCCGUGGUGGAUGUGUGACGCUGCUGCUGUGGCGCUCGGCAUACGACAUGUUCAUGUUGGUGUUAAACUUGUCACCCGACUGUAACGAGUGCAGUAGAUGAAGAAAACAUAAAAACCUCCAAUGACUGAAACCUCACUUGGCUUCAUAUUUCUACCAUGCUUUGCUUUCAU